UUCUAGAGACACCAUAUCAAAUUAAAGCAGUUCAACAUGGCAGAAUACAAAGUGAAACUGCAAGCUUACGCUAAAGCAAUCCUCCAUGCCGCAAAAUAUCCUCACUGUGCCGUAAAUGGAGUUUUACUUGCUGAUAAAGAGAAGCUGAAGGAUGGGAGGUGUUUGGAAUUCGUAGAUUGCGUACCAUUUUUUCAUCAUUCGCUUGCACUUGCACCGAUGCUGGAGGUAGCUCUUGUUCAGGUUGAUGCUUAUUGCCAGGCACAAGGUCUCAAAAUCGCAGCAUACUACCAAGCCAACGAACUCUUGAAAGAUUUAGAGCCAGAUUCAAUAGCAGUGAGGAUAGCAGACAGAAUAAAUGAUAAUUCUUCAGAUUCCUGUCUUUUAAUGAUUGACAACACAAAAUUAACAGCUGGGUGUGAAAAGUGUGUCCUGAGACUCCACACGCUACAGGAUGGCAAGUGGGGUUAUCGUGGAGCUCAAGCAAGUAGCCUGAAGUUGGAUAACAGCGACACCACACUCAGAGUCACAGCCGAUCUCCUGAGAUCAAGAGCAUACAACGAGCUGGUUGAUUUCGAUACCCAUCUCGGUGACAUCACGAAAGAGUGGCAAAAUCUAGAGCUUAACACACAAAUUGAGAACUGUUCAUGAUGUACGAUGAAUGCCUACUUUAUCAGGAAGGUAUCUAAAGCCGAUGUUGAGUGUAAAGGUAGCGUCACAACAUCCAGAGAGAGUCUAAUUUUAAUGUUGAUUUUUUAAUUUUCCAUGGGACAUAUUUUUUGUGAACCAGAGCAGCAUUUCACGAAACUGUCGUAUGUACAAGUCCACCAACAUCCAAUUGAAAGAUGUGUAUUACAAUUGACAAUUUAACAUGCUUUUUAAUGGGAAGUCAGCGAACUUGGACUUAUGAUAGUUUCUUGAAAUGAUGCCCAGAAAGAUAUGUGAUGCAGUUAUUAACCCAUUGCGUAAAGGAAAUGGUGGUUCCUAUAUUGAGCCAAGGGGAAUGACAGAAUUUGGUAGACAGUGGGUUAAGUGUUGAUGAUUCCAACUCGGCCUAAGACUAUAAUGCUGACCUGCAUAAUCUACAAUCAAACCUGUCUCAGUGACAUGGGCAUAAAUCCUUACGUAAUACCUAUUGUUCAGGGGGGAAU